AUGAGCACCAAAAUUCUCAUCGUGGGCGCCACUCGAGGGCUAGGAGCUUCCCUAGCCAACCUCUACUCGAAGAACCCUUCCAACCACGUCUUCGGAACCUCGCGAUCCUCCUCUCCGCCCUCUUCGCAGUCCAAAAUAACCUGGCUUACAGGAAUCGACGUAUCCGCAUCCGAUGUAGGCCAGAACAUAGUCUCCCAGAUCCCCGCAUCCACCAAACUCUCAACCGUCAUCAUCACAGCGGGGUACUUUGGCUUCGAAACCUUCGACAAUCCCGACUGGGAGAAAGAAGCCAAAAUGUACACCAUAUCCGCUAUCAGCCCGGUUUUUAUCGUGCAUCAUCUGGUUAAAGCGGGGUUCUUGGAUAAAGGCAGCAAGGUGAUCAUCGUCAGUAGUGAGAGUGGUAGUAUUACGCUUCGACAUGAGAAGGAAGGUGGUGGCAAUUAUGGCCAUCAUGCUAGUAAAGCGGCGUCGAAUAUGGUUGGGAAAUUGUUGAGUUUGGAUCUUAAGCCGAAGGGGAUUGCGGUGGGGUUGGUUCAUCCGGGUUUUAUGAGGACGGAGAUGACCAAGGGUGUUGGGUUUGAUAAGUAUUGGGAUGAUGGGGGUGCCGUGACGCCUGAUGAAGCUGCUCAGUCGCUAGUCUCUUUUGUUGAGACCUUCGAUAUCAGCAAGACUGGCGAGUACUGGGCGCCGAGAGGACCGAGGGACAUUGGUACGGCGGAGAGUGUACUUGGCAAAGACUUGCCUACUCCUUUGCAGCUGCCCUGGUGA